UGAACGCAGCAGCAGAAGCAUCCGGCUAUAACAGGGAAAUUGAAGAAGAUGUGUCUUGUUUGGUGCGAGAAGAACCAACACAUUUAAAGAUGAGUUCUUGCAAUGUUGUUAUGCUUUGCACACUCACAUUCACAGUCUGUGACCUCACUAUAUCCACACUAUUGUACAUCUUCAGCUGUAAGAAAGAAAGUAUUAUUCAAGACAUGGUGCAGUUUAGUAUGUUUCACUCUGUGAUGGAUGUCUGGGGCACCUCUUUCCUGAGAACCUGCAUAUCUGUAGGAGCUGUGAUAGGUGUUGCACAAAACAGAAUGAAUGGUCCUCAGAGGCUGCAGGCAUCUAUAACUCCUAUGACUUUGGUGUGCUACCUUAUUGGUUCUUACGCCAUGAUAAAAAUGUUGCUGUAUUCUGAGGUGGAAAAGCCUAUAAAAGAUCCUUGGUUCUGGAGUCUUCUAGUAUGGACAUGGGUGUCAUCAGCUGUCACACUCUUGACAUGGAGACAACUGGGAAAGUUACCGCCUUGCAGACAAGAAACAAGGUUUUAUUCUGCACUGUUUGCUGAUCAGAAUGUGGCACAUGAGGGCAGACAGAAACAGGAUGUGCAAAGUGAGAUGUCUGGGGCAACUGUAGGAAGACUGCUAUCUUACUCUAAACAGGAUUCUGGAUAUCUGCUCAUAGCUAUGGUCUUCCUCAUCCUGUGCACACUGGGAGAAAUAUUCAGUCCAUAUUACACAGGACUGGUCAUAGAUGGUAUUGUCGUCCAAAGAAGUUUGAAGCAGUUUUCCAGCGCGGUUGUUAUACUAGCAGUUCUGGCUGUGGGGAGUUCAUUUUCUGCUGGGCUACGGGGUGGAAUUUUUACCUUCACAUUCGCAAGACUGAAUAUCCGAAUACGCAACCUACUCUUCCGCUCCCUAAUAGCACAGGAGAUUGGCUUCUUUGAUGAGAAUCAUACAGGUGACAUAAUCUCUCGUUUAACGUCCGACACGACCAUCGUGAGUGACGUGGUUUCUGAAAAUGUUAACGUCUUCCUGCGCAGCGUUCUUAAAGCUACGGGAGUGAUUGUCUUCAUGUUCACCCUGUCCUGGCAGCUGUCCUUGCUGACCUUCUUGGGAUUCCCCAUCAUCAUGUUGGUUUCCAGGGUAUAUGGCAAAUAUUACAAGAAACUUGCCAAAGACGUUCAGACCGCUUUAGCAAAGGCCAACAGCACUGCUGAGGAAACCAUUUCUGCAAUGAAAACUGUCCGUAGUUUUGCCAAUGAAGAAACUGAAGCCAGUGUGUAUAGAGAUAAGCUGCAGCAAGUCUACUCACUGUACAAGAAGGAAGCUGUUGCCUAUACUUGCUAUGUGUGGUCAACUGGAUUUACACAGCUGGUGUUACAGAUUAGUAUUUUGUACUAUGGCGGCCACCUUGUAAUAUCAGACCAAAUGACGAGUGGGAACCUGAUUUCCUUUGUUAUUUAUGAAUUUCUCCUUGGUGACUCCAUGGAGUCCAUUGGUUCGGUAUAUGGAGGCUUAAUGCAGGGAGUCGGUGCUGCAGAAAAAGUAUUUGAGUUUAUAGAUCGUAAACCAAAAAUGACUAAUAUUGGAAGUCAUGCUCCUGAGCACUUGGAUGGUAAAGUGGAGUUCCGAAAUAUCACUUUCGCGUAUCCCACACGACCGGCGACACAAGUUUUAAAGAAUACGUCCUUCACGCUGCAUCCUGGCAAAGUCACUGCACUGGUGGGGCCAUCUGGUAGUGGUAAAAGCUCCUGUGUGAAUAUCCUUGAGAACUUUUAUCCUGUGCAGGAAGGGGAAGUUCUCCUAGAUGAUCAGCCCAUUACAGUAUAUGACCACAAAUACUUACAUACAAAGGUAUCCAUGGUGAGCCAAGAACCUCUGCUGUUUGCCCGUUCCAUUCACAGUAAUAUUUCCUAUGGUCUGAAUGGCGUCCCCCUGGAUGUAGUAAUAAGUGCAGCCAAAAGAGCCAAUGCACAUAAUUUUAUUAUGGAGCUUCAAGAUGGGUAUAACACAGAAACAGGAGAGAAGGGAGCCCAGCUUUCAGGGGGUCAGAAGCAGAGAGUGGCUAUUGCGAGGUCAUUGAUCCGAAACCCUAGGGUGCUGAUAUUGGAUGAAGCCACCAGUGCACUAGAUGCAGAGAGUGAGCAUGCUAUCCAGCAGGCGAUGACUAGCGAUCUGCAGGGACGAACAACGCUCAUUAUAGCACACAGGCUGAGCACUGUGGAGAAAGCACACAACAUCAUUGUCUUAGACAAAGGCAGCGUGGUGCAGCAGGGGAGUCACAGAGAGCUGAUGGAGGAAGGCGGACUUUAUUCGCAGCUUGUACAGCGUCAAGUCUUCGAGCUUGCAGCAGAAGAAAAGGAUCAGACCAGGUCACCACAUGUUCCUGACACAGAUGAGCUGGCCUAGGCCGCUGUUAUGCACACCAGUGCCUGCAGGAAUGUACUGGUGUCAGAACUGUUAUGCACUCCAGUGCCUGCAGGAAUGUACUGGUGUUUGAACUGUUAUGCACACCAGUGCCUGCAGGAAUGUACUGGUGUCUGAACGGAUAGGUAUGCAAAACAAAUGAACUCACAGACAGACUGGGGAAUAUGACAUUACGUACACAGAAGGUGAUAGGGUAACAAAAUACACACAAAGUGAACAGAGAAGCCCAGAGGCUAAGGAACUGGGUGUCUCC